ACUGUGCGUUCGAACCGGCAAGCCGCGGUCACUCACCGUGUCAAAGCGCAGCUCGGAGUCUUGGCGACACAGGCGAGGGGAAAACAUAGUGGCCAUGGUCUGGACGACGCUGGCCAUCACGGCCAUGGGGCUGUCGUGCGUGGCCACGGGCAUCACGAGCUACAGCCUCCGCCGGUCUUGGGACCUGCAGGUUUCCAGCGUACGCUGGCUCUUCUUCAUCUUCUUCACGUGCUACUGCCUGUACAGCGUAAUGCGUGUGGCGUACAUGGUCACAGUAAGCGCCAAGGCCACGUGGGGCCAUUCGGCCAAUGACGAAUAUUUGGCCGAACACUACACGACGCUCGGAAUCUUCGCGCCGCUGCACUCGCGUGUGUCCAACGAUCCACUGGUGACGGUGUUUUUGGUCAUCGGAGACUCCGUUCACUUCUCGGUGGCCACAUGGACGUUCCCGCUAAUUUACGAGCUCGGCCUUAUAGCCAAGAAGACUAUGGACCGAGGGGCCGAGAAGGAACGCGAGCAAAUUCAAUGGUAUUGGUGUUGUGUAUGGCCAAUAAUUGGUGGGUUUGCCGUCGCAGAGACCAUUCUGGCAGUAGACAGAGGCGGCUACACAACCACCACGCAGGCAUUUCAGCUGGCUGUCUACUUUACAAUGUUCGCGAGCUUUUUGUAUAUGCUCUUCGUGGUCUUGAGACUCAAGUGGGGCGGCAGGAAGUACGAAAAUGUCCAGGGACAAUUCGUCACGUCACCCAUAUACCAGCGUAUCUCGCGGAUCCUAGUUAUCUACGCGUUUUUUACGCUCCAGUAUCAGCUCGCCUCCGUCAUUUCGUACUCAAGACCGAACGACAGGGACGACCUUAGUGACUACACAAGCAUCAGUACCGUCAUAUACAACAUUUCUGGGCUUGCCUUAGCCAUCACAACUAUGUGCAGCCAAGCGUGUGUGCUCCAAAUGUGUCGCUGUUGUAUGCCCGACGACGUGGAAGCUCACCUUGAAGCCAGACUCAUGCAGCCUGGAGAACUUCUCUCCCCACGAGACACCCAGAUCCUCGUGGAAUCCGCCGAGCCUCCGCUUGUCAACCCUGUAUUUGUUUUUACAGAUAUCCAGCAGUCGAGCGCGUUGUGGGGUGUCGGUGACGGUCUCAUCAUGCAACAAGCCACCGAGAUUCACGACAAUAUUCUGCGCUCAAUGUUGAUGAAAUAUCGUGGAUACGAGAUCACGACGGCGGGUGACGCCUUUCAACUAGCCUUCCAUACCACUCGAGAGGCAGUCGAAUACUGCAUGGACGUACAGUUGCAACUGCUGGAUGCUCCGUGGCCAAAUGAACUGCACGGCUUGCUACCGGCCACCAAGAAGCAGCGAGUAGGUCGUCACUUGGUUUUUCGCGGACUGCGCGUACGUAUGGGCAUCCACGACGCGGUCGAUUCGGACGGCCCGUUGGUACUGGAUGUCCACGCUGUAACAGGAAAAAUGAUCUACACCGGUGCGUCCGAAGUCAUCGCCAAUGAGAUCGGAGACUUAGGCGACGGCGGCCAGAUCCUCGUAACUAAACGCGUUGCAGACUGGAUUAACAUGUACGCGGACCUGGUUGCGAUCCCGUGUUCGGUCGAUCGUGUGGGCGACUACACGGUCCCUCAGAUCAAUUCAAAGGUGGAGGUUUUCCAGGUGCUUCCGACAGUGUUGGCCAAGCGCAAGAAGAAGUUCACGACCAAUGUCGCGACAACAUUAAAGAGACGUCCUGGCCACGGGGAAAACGCCGCCGUCGGAGCGCUUUCCUUCACCGCAAAUGACGGUACUCCUCCGGGUAUGAGCAGCAUGGCAGCUCAACGCCGUCGCCACCUCUACGCGCUCCGCGAACGACGUCGCCAACUGGAACAAGGCGCUCUCGGCCGGCCGGCGUCUCACCAGACACUCAUGCGCACGGAGAGUGCCCGCCCGAGCUUUGCGUUCGACACGCGCCCCAGCUACGCGCGUACAACAAGCAUGUAACUAAUUUAUCAAAAUAGAGUUUGCUGGGUAUUGCUAACGUC